AAAUUGAGAAAGAGAUUAAAACAGUCCAUGCAAGUGCCCUUGUGAAGAUGUGAACAGUGAAAUCGUAACGUGUGUCUCAUAGAACAAAACUGACAGGCCUCCCGUUACUUCUCCACGUCAAAGAUUGAUUGUUUUUGAAAAAAGUUUAGAAAAGCAUCAGCGUCUAAAAUGGUGUCUGUAUUAAACACAAUUGAUACGGGUCAUGAAGAUAUGAUCCACGGAGCGGAAGUGGAUUAUUACGGACUUCGUCUGGCGACAUGUUCCUCCGACAACUCGGUAAAAAUCUUCGACAUUAAAGGCGGUGCCCAAACAUUAGCUGUCGACCUGAAGGGCCACGGUGGACCAGUUUGGCAGGUGGCCUGGGCACAUCCUCGUUACGGGAACAUCUUGGCUUCGUGCUCGUAUGAUCGAAAGGUCAUUAUUUGGAAGGAAGCCGGUCCCGGUGAUUGGACGAAGUGGUUCGAGUAUAGCAAUCAUGACUCGUCAGUUAACUCUGUGGCGUGGGCUCCUCCAGAAUAUGGAUUGAUUCUGGCUUGCGGAAGCUCUGAUGGUUCGGUGUCAAUUUUGACAGCCAGUGUCGAAGCAGGUACAUGGGAUUCGAAGAAAAUCCCCAAUGCCCAUAGCAUCGGAUGCAACACGGUCAGUUGGUGUCCGGCUACAGCUCCUGAACCGGCGUUUGACCAGAGACCUUCUAAAGUAAACCUGGCUGUGAAGCGUUUGGCUUCUGGGGGCUGCGAUAAUUCUGUGAAAAUUUGGAAAGAAGAUGGUGAUCGUUGGGAAGAGGAGAAGCGACUUGAGCUGCAUUCAGAUUGGGUUCGGGAUGUUGCCUGGGCGCCAAAUGUGGGGCUCCCUCGUCAUCAGAUUGCCAGUUGCUCUCAGGAUCGACGAGUAAUCAUCUGGAAUAGCGACGAUUUGCAAAACUGGCAGUCAACAAUUUUGAACAACUUUGACGACGUGGUUUGGAAUGUGAGUUGGUCUUUGACGGGGAAUAUUUUGGCCGUGUCAGGUGGUGACAACAAGAUCAGUCUGUGGCGUGAAAACAACGAAGGACAGUGGAUUUGUAUAAGCGAGGAUACCAAUUCUGUUGGCCAGAACCAUCCCUCGAACCAGCCGCAGAACAACUUUGUGCCGGAGCAGAGAACACUGUAAAUGUGGUCGCGAAUGAUCGAGAUGUUACAUUCAUUUCCGUUUCAGAUUUAUAAUAUUAUUUCUAGUUCACUUUGCAUUCUUUGUAAUCAAUUAUAAAAUAAACGUAAUCGUAGAACAUUUC